AUGUGGCUGGUUCUUCUUGCUUUCCAACUUCCAUCUCUCCUAACAAAAGCUCAACAUGCCUGCAUCGGAAAAUCCACAUUUAGGAGUCCAGCCGACUCUGACAUUGAGGUUUUCUGCGGCUCUCAGACGGUAAGCCUCCAAAUCCUUCUGUGUCCGAUCUACUUCAACGGCUACAACGAGUCACUGGUGUCGCUCAACUCCGAGCACUCCAAACACCAAUGCAAAGGCACCGCUGACUGGACAGCGGACCCACCCGUCGUCAAAUUCAAUUUCUCCAUCACGGAGGAAGCGAUCACAACAUGUUCCAGCACACUGAUAGUCAGUCAGGAGGCGGGAACUGGACUGUUUUCAGACUUCUCCACUGUCCAGUACAUCAACAUCUCAGGCAUGGUCGGCUCUAAGGACCCCAGCACAGGAGCCAUUUCCUACCACCAAGAGGUGAUAUACAGGUUCUCCUGCCGCUACCCUCUGCAGUACCUGAUCAACAAUACACAAAUGAGUGUGUCUGGAGCCAGUGUGUCUGUAAAGGACAGCAACGGGAGUUUCAUCAGCACGUUGAGCAUGCAGCUCUAUUCGGACAACCAAUACACAUCCACGUUGCAGAUCCCCCCAGGAGGACUUGAGCUAAAGAGCAGGAUUUUCGUUCAGAUUAAAGCCUCCAACCUCACCAACAAACUGAAUGUGCUGCUGGACCGAUGCUACGCUACAGUGUCGCCUUUUCCUAUGAAUACAGUGUUUCACGACCUCUUUGUUGGGUGUAACCAUGACGCCCAGACCAUAAUGGACAUAAACGGAGAGGCUCAGGAAGCUCGCUUCUCCUUCGAAGCGUUCCGCUUUGUCCAGCAUAUUAACACGAGUGUCUCCACCUUCUACGUUCACUGUGUCACCCGACUCUGUGCGGCGACCGUCUGCUCUAACCUCAUUCAGAACUGCACCACCAGCAGCAACCCGAGGGGGCGCCGUAGUGUCAAAGAGGACCGGGACGCCACAGUGAGCGAUAUCGCCACUGUGAGCUCAGGCCCCAUCACGACCCGCUUGAACCACGGUUCCCUGGGAGCAGGCGGAGAUGCUGACCAGACUGGUGUUAAUUCCAGCAUGCUGGCCGUGUCGGUCGUAGCAGCCAUUGUCGGAGUCGUCUGCCUCGGUUUGGUGUUUGUUACUUUACAUAUGAAGUCAAAAAUGAAUUUUAACCAAAAGUGA